AUGCUGAGUUGCCUGCGACCUUUAGCGGGUGUCUUGGCGGCUCGACACCUGAUGAAGCCCAAUACUGCCGCCACUCGCUCGUUCUCGGCAUUCGCCCGACGCGGCGCCAUUGCCACCGGCCUCACCGUCCUUACUGGGCAUGUUACUGCCAACGCAUCCCACGGCGCUUCCCAGCAGCGGAGUCCAGUGCCAACUACUCAGCGUUCCCUGUCGGGUUUGAUGCAAGGGCAAGCGAAGGCCGGAGCGAAAAUGCCGACAAAAAACGCCUCCACUCUCAAAACCAGCUCUGGUGCUGGUCUAGCAACCAACAGCAGCCAGGCUGCGCCAGUGCAAGUCCCUGCUCACCUCACAACUGAGGAACUACAGCAGUACCGUGAUUUACAACACCCACUUCUUCAAGCGCCAUUCCGAGAGCUGAAAAGCACGCCAGCCAUGAUCCGCGAUUCGCUCCGCGGCCUGAUCACAUUGGAGCGAAAGCAAGACAGCUACACACGACUGGAGAGAACCUCCUCCUCCAUCGAGGCGCUGCUGCUGAAACGGAUGAAAAAGACGAUCGCAAACGACACCGAUCCACUUGAACAUCGGUCGUUUCUUGCUGCCACAAUCCCUGGUACAGGGAACUCGUGUCUGUGUGACGCGUUUGUGCAUCAAAUUGCCCCGGCAGCUCAUCGUAACAGAGAAAACGAUCCGUUGUGCUUAUCCGUCUCUUUCGACGGUCCUUCCGGUUUCGACUCUGCAAACGACUGGACAGUUCUCAAGCAAGCCAAUCCGGAGCACGCUCUGUCGACUCGCCUGCUGGCUGCCUACUUUGAAAUUCCCCCGAGGUUUUUUCAGGACAACUUUGAACAAACUGGCAGCUUCCAGGUCGCUGCUACGCUCCAGUUCAUCCAAGAGUUUGAGUACUCGGCUCGUAACGACAGUCAGCAGCCCACGAGUCAUGAUCAACUGCCGUGGCUUGCCAUCGCUGUUGACGGAAUUCAACAGUUGCUUGGCUGUUCGAGCUGGCACAACGCUCAACGUCAACGUCGGCUGCUGGACAAGACUCUCGCGUCACUCAAGGCUGCCGUUAAGCGCCCCGCAGCGCGACUCUUUGUGCUUUACGCUGGCACUUUGUCCGACGACCUCACCACUGGCCUGUUUGAGUCGCUCCACUCUCAAACCUCUGCUUCAAGCAAAUACAACGUGGAUGAGGAGGAGGUGCCUGAACCCAAGCGCGUGGAUGCAAACCUCGAGAGCCAGUUGCAUCCUUCCGGUGGCAUACCAUGCCACAUUGAGAAGGUUCUUGGUGUGAUGGCAAGCGGCGCGGCGGCUAAACUCUGUCUGAAUGCCCGCAAGUUUAUCGAGCUCGUGCACUUCUGUGCGUUCGACGCGUUCUCGAUCAACCCUUCAAGUCUGGACGCCCGAACUCGCUCUUGGAUUAACACAGGAUGUGCUUUCGUCGCGUGCGAGAAAGACAGCAGAGGGUCGUUGCAGUUCAAUUUGCCCAGCGAGUCGAAACUUGAUCUACGUUCGGGUGACGCCCCACUAAGACGUGACACGCUCGCACAAACUGUGCGCUCGGCCUACGGCCAUGUCGCCGACCUUCAGCGCAAGAUGGAGCAUCAUUUCACGCAGCGUUAUCUUCCUGCAGUUGAGUGGGAGCAUACUGUGGGCAUCCUUUUCAACUUGCGAUUGACUGUACUUGUCGCCAAAGCACUGCUGGAUCAUGCUGACGCUUCGAAGCAGCUUGACGCUUCAAAACAGCUUGACGCAUCAGACCAGACUGGUGCACCACAGCUGCCGGCUCACAUUGAUGUACCACUGAGUCGGGUGCUACCUGGCGUUAAGUUUGGUGCGGGAUGCGAGGAUCUCCAACUGCGAUUGACACUGAGCGAUUGGAGAAAAGACGUGAAGUGCAUGAUAAAGCUCGACAAUGCUGAAUGUACACUCGCGACUCACUUUGAACCGGCUAUUGACUGUUACAUGCAUGCUCAAGUCGUCGAGAAAACGAGCGGCAAAGUGCGUCCGGCAGUCAUUGGACUGCAAGUAAAGCAUCACAAGUCUCGUCUCACCACCCAAGACGAGAUUGAGCGGCUGGAAACGAAUGCUCGGAAGGAACUCGCCCGAAAGUAUGUCAUGGAAGAAGACACUGUGAUUCUUGUCGGAGUCAUGUUGACGUCUCGAGUGACGAUUGCAAAUCCGCCACCGCUUUCGUGGGUGAUGCACCGCGGCGACCUGGAGCAAUUCGCUCAAGGCUUCCAGAUGACAGUUCCUUGA